UGUAGGUGUAAGUCCAAGAUUUGUAAUUGGAGGUUGUAUGCUAGUGUUGAUAAAAAAUCAGGGGAUUUUAUGGUGAAAACUUACCAUCCAAUUCACAAGUGCACUCCACUUAACAAGAAUAAGAUGUGCAAUGCUAAGUUCAUAUCCAACAGAUUUAGGGAUAGGAUCACUUCUCAACCUAAUAUUAGAAUUUGGGAAAUCCAGGACUUGGUUAGAGACCAGUUAGGGUUGUAUGUUGGUAGAACUAUAUGUCAUAGGGCAAAACAAAUAGUGCUUAAUAAGUUUAUGGGGGAUUGGAGGGAGGAGUUUGCAAGACUUUGUGAUUAUGCAGAACAAAUCAUUUUGAGUAAUCCUGGUAACAUUUGCAUAGUGAAAACAGACAGAGAAAGUCAGCCUGGAGUGAAUUUGUUUAAGUAUUUUUAUGUUUGUUUUGAUGCAAUGAAAAGGGGAUGGUUGGAGGGAUGCAGGAAAAUUAUUGGGUUUGAUGGUUGCUUCCUAAAAGGUGCAUGUAAGGGUGAACUUCUGGUGGCUGUUGGAAAAAAUGGGAAUCAGCAGAUGUUUCCCAUUGCUUGGGCUGUCAUUGACAAUGAGUCAAAAGAGUCAUGGACAUGGUUUAUUCAGAACUUAAUCAAUGAUUUGGGGCUGGGAAUUGGAGAUGGAAUUACAGUAAUGUCAGACAUGCAAAAGGGAUUGUUGAGCACACUUCUAGAUCUUUUACCAAAUGCUGAGCAUAGGAAAUGUGCUAGACACAUAUGGGCUAAUUGGUAGAAAGAUUGGAAAGGUGAAGAAAGAAGAAAAC